UAUAUAUAUAUAAUUAAAAGCCUUAAAUCAAAGCUAUCUUGCUUUUUAACUUGACCUUUUUCCUACUCAACAUUAUAUUUAUAGCUACCACUAACACUACAACUCUCUUCACUCUUGCUUGUUUUGCAUUUUUGUAAGGAAAAAAAAUUAUGGAAGGAUAUAGUAACGAAGAUGAUCUAAGGGGUGGAUCCCUAGCUAACAUUGUCUAUUGCCAAGCAGACAAUUGCACGGCUGACUUGACCGAGGCGAAGCGCUAUCAUCGGCGUCACAAGGUAUGUGAGUUCCACGCCAAGGCUCCGGUUGUCAUCGUGAACACGAGUCAUCAACGAUUUUGUCAACAAUGCAGCAAGUGCGUAACAACACUCCUCCUCCUUCACACCCAGAAAUACUUCUACGCUAUAUCUCGUGUGUGUGAGCAAAUUUUUAGGUUCCAUGACCUAUCAGAGUUCGACGACACGAAAAGGAGUUGCCGGAGGAGACUAGCAGGACACAACGAAAGGAGACGGAAGAACUCCUACGAUGUUUCAGGAGAACCCUCAGCAGUCUAAGGCUAAAUAGGGCAAGAGAGAUCGAUCGAGAAACCAGCCUGACGCGCAGCGGAUCAUCAAGGGGAUGAUUGUGAUUAUUAGAGAUUAAACCAUAGAUUAGGCCUCCAAUCAAGGGCAUAAUCAAUGGUUUUUUCUCUAAUAGUGAUUAAUAAUCAUUCUUUUGAAUGCUCUCUAUCUUCUGUCAAACCCCAUUCCUCUGAUGUGUGAUCUUUGUCCUACCCUAAAUAAUUUCUAGUUAAGAUUAUUUUAUGUUUUUUUUUUUUUUGACAAGAAGAUUAUUCAUGUUUUUUUUUUAUUAUUAUUAUUAUUAAUAUUGUGUGAAAUUCUUAUGUUUUUGUACGUGACUAAUUUCCAUGCAUAAUCAAAAUGCUUCAUCCUAAGGUCAUUUCAUGUACAAUUUUUUUUUCCGUAAUUAAUCAAAUUUUUUUCCGUAAUUAAUUAGGUUAGAACACAACA